ACCCCCGGACUCGCGUUGUUUCGAGUGUAGUUAUGCGUAACUGCACCUGGUGUGUAAAAAGAAGCGUAACUGACAACUGGUGCCUUAAACUCUGCGUCCUACUGGGUCUACUGGCCUAGAUUCUCGUCCUUUCCGCCCACCUCCGAUUUCUCCGCCACCAAGUUGCCGGGUAUAAAGACCGCAGCGCCGGCGAAGCAGACACACACUCACUGGCGCGCUCUCCCAGCAGUCGGAGGUCCAACAAACCGCAAAGAUGAACGCCAAGCUUGCGCUGCUGCUUCUUGCUGCCUUGGUGGCUGUCGUCUCUGCGAGCCACGGAAACCGCGCGUACGGCGGACACGGUGUCGCCCACGGCGCGCGCAGUGCAAGCGGCGGCUUCGGCUACGGACACGGCGCGUCUCGCGGCCACGGCACCGGGCACCGCUACGGCCGCUCUCUCGCCUACGCUGGACGCGGCAGCUACGGUUAUGGCCACGGCUUCGGCGGUCAUGUGGCGGCUCCCGCCGGCCACGCAUACGCCGGCUACGGACACGGCAGCAGCGGCUACCGAAAGCGUCGCUCGGCCUCCAGCCAUUACGGACAUACCUCCGGCGGCUACGGACACGCUGCCGGCACCUACGGCUACGGCGCCCAUGCCUAUUAAGGGCCCGCGUCCACCGCGUCCUCUGUCACCUUCGCGCAUCGUCCAGCCAACGAAAUGCGGUGCUGGCCACCGAAUUUCUGUCGCGCUAUGAUUGCGUCGAAUAUACGUUGCGCUCAACAUACUACAGUCAUUAUGGCGACAACUGUCAGCAGGCACAUCUAUCACGUGCCGCCCGUGCGAAGGCAAACAACAACAACAACAACGAAAACAGGCAGCAAACAACGACAAACAAAAACAAAAAAUCGCGCCACAAUAUCAAGCACUGUGGCGCCCAUUGGUCACCAGCGAUUGCCGUACACGGCGUUCGCGUCGUAUCUCGCAUGCUGCAAAUCUCACUAGUACUGUUGCGCUGCCGCGGCGGCAGGCGUGAUUCGAACAGUCGACGCCUCAGUCAAGCGCACACGGUGUGGUGGUACGAGUGCCAACGUGCGUGGUAACUCGCGCGUCGCCUGCAAAAGCGCGGUCGCAUUGAUGUCCGGCAAGACGAUGACGAAUUUGGCGUUGGCCCGUCCUGGCUGCAGCGCAAUAUGAGCACGGCAAAUAAACACCAACAACCAGCAAGAACUGAGAAAACAGAGCAGGCGCCCAUGUGCACGGCCCCACUAAGGAAAACACUUGCGGGGCGUUGGGCAACUGUGUGCCUCUUCAUGCACCGUUCGGAACCCGGUGGUGCGAGAACUGGCGCUGGUCUGUCCCCGUCACAUGUUUGUGGACAUUGUGGGCGCACGCAGGGACUCAUGAGGCCUCGCUCUCUCUAGAGAUAGCGCAACAAACGCCUCUCAAGACAAUGACUUGAGCGCGUGCUCUCGCAGCCAGUCGUGCUCCAAUUAUCAGCGCUGCUCUCAAUGAGGCGAGUUGUUCUAGCUGGCCUCGAACAAUUAUCGCGCCGCUGAACGGAUGCCAUGUUCGCAUGCGCUACGGCUGCUAUCCACGUCGCCUUCGAUUUGCGCUCGGUUUGCAUCGGUUGCGUUCGAAUGGCGCAUUGGCAUUUGAUUGCGUUUGAAUGCUAUUUCUGCCAUUGAUGCCAUCGCUUGUUGCACCAAGCCAUAUUGUUUUUGAGCGCCGCACGUGAAAUGCACGGUGAUUCUUGGCCACGUGGUUAGACAAGCGGUCAGACCUUUGCGGUCUAUGCGUCAGGCAAGCCGUCUUG